UUUUCCAUGGUGAUCUAGCUUCAAUUGACUCAUGAUCUUAAUCAUUGAAAUUACUACAAUCUCCACAAAACCGUUUCUGAUAAAAAAUCAAUACCCUACAAAUUACAAAUGAGUUUAGUUACUAAGAAUCCACUAUCAUGUACGGAGGGGGAAUUAAGGGUUAUGAACUACAUUCCACUAUUUAAUACAUGUAUACUGGUUCAAUGAAUGUAUUUCUUUCUUUAAUUCCUAGAAUCAAUCAAUUGAUUGUAAUCAUAACUUACAAAUGAUUAUAUUCUUUCAAGAACUAAUCACUAUUCAAUUUAAUAAUCAUUUAAAAUGGAUGAAAAAAUGAAAGAACCCGAAGACGACGAAGAAGAAGAAGAAGAAGAAGAAGAAAAAGAAGAAAAAGAAAAAGAAGUAGAAGGUGAAGAAGAAGAAGAAGAAAAAAGAAUAGAACAAUCAAUUGAAUCUAAAUUAGAAUGUUCAAAUCCAACUGAUAAACCUCAACAUAAUAUACUAGAUGAUUAUGAUUUAAGAGGAUUUAAACGUUAUUCCUAUUUAUUAUAUCAUCAACCAAGUACAGAAACAGAUAGUAUUGAAAUGUUUCAAUCAGUUGGUUCUACAAAAUUUUUAGAAAAUGUUGAUGAUUUUAAACAUUCCACAAGUGGAAGUUGGAAAUCUAUUAUUUCAAAUUAUGAAGAUGUUGAUACUAAUCAUCAUAACUUGAAGAUUGAUAAUAGUAAUCAUCAACAAAUCAUUGAAGUAUCUUCAUCAUCAUUCAAACCUAUUGAAGGAAUAACAAACUCUUCUUCUUCUAAUACUACUUCAAUGAAUAGUCCAUUGAAACAAUCAAUUCAAAUUGAUGAUUUACAAACAUUUAAAGAACAAUAUGAUUGUUCAUUAAAAUCAAUAAUCAAUACAUCAAUCGAUAAUUGUUCUAGAAUCAAUGAUCCUCAUGAACAACAUUGUAAUGAUAAUGAUGAUGUAAUGAUGCAUCAAAAUGACUUAUUAGAUAAUGAACUACGCAGAUUUGAAAUAAGAGAACAAUCAAGAUCAUCAAUUUUAUCAAAUAAUCAAUGUAGUCAAACAAAAUUACUUCAACAGAAAUAUACUGACCCUAAUACUACUACUAGUACUACUACUACUACUAAUAGUAGUAGUAGUAGUAGUAGUAGUCAUAAUGAUACGACAGAGAUGAUGCCUAGAUCCUCAUACAAAUUGAAACGAACUGCUACAGAGCAUAUUACUAAUAGAUAUAAACAACAUGAUCGAAAUGAAUCAUCUUUAAUGCGUCAUCAUCAUCAUCAUCAACAACAACAACAACAUCAACAUCAUCAUCCAAAUGAGAAUAUUAAUAUACCAGAGAAUGCUAUCAUUAUACGUCGUAAAUCAACUAUUCAUUGUUUAUAUCCAAGACAUUAUAGUGAUACAAUGAAACAUGAUGAACAAUUCAAUACCUCAACUAUGGAACAUGAAGAUGAUCAUAAUAUAAAGAAUAAGAAUGAUAUGAACUCUAUAAUUGGUACAAUGAAUAUCAACAAUAAUAGUAAUGGGAAUGAGAAUGGGAAUGGGAAUAUCUAUGAAUAUGAUACUCAUUUAAGUGAAUAUAGAUUAAGUGAAAAUUUAAAAUCAUCAUUUGAAAAAGAAGAUGAAAUGAAAGCAGAUAAUUUAUUAGAACGUGAAGCACAUAUUGGUGCAUUAGCAUUAGCAUGGGCAUCUGGUACGCAUAAACCAAAAAAAUCUCCAUAUGAUAAACAUACAUUAAGUAGAGAGACAUCGGAUAGAGUACAAGUGAAAUUACGACAAUAUAAUUAUAAUGAUCACCAUCAUCAUCAUCAUCAUCAUCAUCAACAUCAUCAUUAUAGUAAAUCAAAUAUAAUUAAUCCUGAAAAUUUUAAAUUAAAUGAUUAUACUACUAAUAGUAGUAAAAAGAAUAGAAUGACAUUAUCUACAUUACGUGAACUAAGUACAUCAAUUUUUACUCCAUCAAAAAGGAAUUUGAUAACCAGUUUUACCCAUCAUCAAAAUGCUACUCAUCGACAGAAAGCUCAUUAUUCAAUGAAUGAAACUGAUAAUCUUCUUCAUAGUAAUCGACUUACUCAUGAUGGAAGUAACAUUCCUACGAUCACUACUAUUACUACCACUACUACUAAUACUAAUACUACUCAAAAUAAUAAUAAUAAUAGUAGUCAUAGUAACAAAACAGAUCAUCAUUUAAUACCUCAAAGUAUUAAACAAGCAAUUAUUAGAAAUACAGCAAAAAUUGCUAUUUCACCAAUAUUAAAUACAGAUGAAGAGAAUGAUCAUAAUGAAUAUUCAUAUCAUUCAAUAGAUCCAAUAUCUCAAUUUGAUCAAUUCGAACAAAUCAAUCGAAAAGAUGAUAAUCAAUAUGAAUCUUAUCGUCAACAACAACAACAACAACAACAACCACCGCCACAACCACCACCACCACCACCACCACCACAACAACAACAACAACAAGAACACCAACAACAAAGUGAAGAAUUCCGUAAUCUAAUCAAUAAUGAAUGUCAACCAAUGAUCUAUAAUAGUAAAAAAUCAUCUAUACAAUCUGAACAAUUUCAUGAUCUAAAUGAUUUAUUUGAUACAGAUCAUAAUGAUGAAAUAAAUAGACCAAUUGGUAUACGUGCAAAAAUACGUCGUAAUGCAGAAGAUUUACGUUCAUUAUAUGGUACAAAUGGUCCACUUGGUUCAGUUCAACCACAAAUGAAUUAUAAAACAUCAAAUCGUGGAAUUGGUUGGCGUUUACAUUGGCGUAAAAUAUUUAAUGAAAGACGUAGAAAAUUAGCUGAUUAUUCAUUAUUUUUUGCUGUUAUGGGUAUACUAUUAAUGGUAUUUGAAUUAGAAAUGAUUAUGGCUAAAGUAUAUUUAAGGACAUCAAUCUAUUCUAUAUUGGUAAAAUCAUUGAUCAGUGCAUCAACACUUAUUCUAGUUGGUCUUACACUAGUCUAUCAUGCUGUUGAUGUACAAUUAUUUUGUAUUAAUAAUUGUAUUGAAGAUUGGCGUAUAGCAAUGAAUUGUAGAAAAAUUUCAUUAACAUUAAUUGAAGUAUUUAUAUGUCUUGUACAUCCUCCACCAAUUCUAUCGAAUUACAAUAUAUAUUCAUAUAGAAAUUCAUAUUAUACUGUAUCAACAUUAAGAAAUUUAAAACAAUCUGAUGAUAUAUUCAAUGAUCAAGAAGCCUUAUCGUCAACAUUAUCCUCUUCCUCCUCCUCCUCCUCCUCCUCUUCCUCCUCGUCAUCAUCAUCAUCGUCGUUAUCCUCAUCAUCCAGUAUUACAAUGAAUUCAUAUUAUAAUAGACCAUUAACAACAUUAAUAUAUGAUUCCAUAUUAGAUAAUCAUACCCAUAGAUUCAAUGAUUAUUUACCAUUUCCAAGUGUACCAUUUAUAAAUGAUCAUAAUGAUAAUAUUCAUUAUGAUAAACCUGUACCUAUGAUUAUUUUAGAAUUGACAUUUUCAGUUCCAAUGUUUUUAAGAUUAUAUUUAAUAUUUCGUGUAUUAUUAUUACAUUCAACUAUGUUUACGGAUGCUGGUUCACGUAGUAUUGGUGCAUUAAAUCGUGUGAAAAUUAAUGUUAGAUUUGUAUUAAAAACAUUAGCUACAGUAUGUCCCGGUACUAUGUUAUUAAUAUUUAUAUUAUCUAUGUGGAUUGUAACAAGUUGGAUUAUGCGUGUUUGUGAAAGAGAACAAAAUAAAGAAUAUGAGAAACUAUUAAAUUCAAUGUGGUUAAUUGCUGUUACAUUUUUAAGUAUUGGUUAUGGUGAUAUGGUGCCAAAUACAAAUUGUGGCAGAGCAAUAUCUGUAUUAGCUGGUGUUAUGGGCUCUGCAUGUACAGCAUUGGUUGUUGCAGUUGUUGCACGUAAACUAGAAUUAACAAGAGCUGAGAAACAUGUACACAAUUUUAUGCAAGAUAAUAAAUUCUACAAAAAUCUUCGACAUUCAGCUGCUAAUGUUUUACGUGAAACUUGGUUAUUUUACAAAUAUACAAGACUUGUAAAACGUGUUAAACCAGGUCGAGUAAGAAGGCAUCAAAGAAAAUUUUUAACAGCAAUAAGUAGAUUAAGAAAAGCAAAAGAUAAUCAACGUAAACUGAAAGAAGAUGCUAAUUCUAUGGUGGAUUUAGCUAAACUACAAACUAGCAUCUAUGAAACUGUAAAUCAUAUUCGAGCUGAUCAAACAAUUUUUGUUCAACGUUUGGUUGGCGUUGAAAAGUGCAUGACAUCAAUUCAGUCUUAUGUAAAUCAAAUGUCUGAUACAUUCACAGGAAUCAUUGAAACCCUUGGAACAUGUAAUACUACAACUGUACCAUUAGAUCAUGAAACAAUAUCAUCUUAA